AUGAAGAAAUUCCUGCAGAAUAAGAAAGGGAGGUCCUCCUUACGGCAGAACCAGAAGUCUGGCCCUCGCUAUUCAACUAAAGAUUUCUGUGAACAAGCUUCCCUCCUUCCUUUCUCUGUUACAGUUCUCAGCAUGCCAACAUCUAACCAGGGCUGGCCAGAGGAGUUUGGCUUCCAGCUCGGUGGCACUGGGCCCAGCUAUAUCCUUACAGUGGAGGAGGGUAGCAGUGCUCACUUGUCUGGCCUGCAGCCUGGAGACCAGGUGCUGGAGAUUGAAGGACAGGAUGUGUCCAGUCUGGGAGCUCAGGCUGUCACCGCCUUGGCACAGGCACAAAAGAACAUCCCACCCAGCAUUGGCGUAGUCUGCAGAAUUCAACAGAUGGACAUCACCCCAGGACCUGAUGGUCGUUUUGGCUUUACUAUUGUGGGUGACUGCCCCCUUUUGGUGGACGACUGUUCUCCCUGUUCCCCUGCCGGACGCAGUGGUCUGAGGGCUGGGGACUAUGUUAUGGAAGUGAAUGGGAUCCCUGUGAAGCACCAUGAGAUGGCUGCUGCCCUCAUAAAGUCAUCACAGGGUCGCACACUGAGGCUCGGAGUGCUCUGCAUGGGCAGUCGUCAUAAGCGCAGCAGCAGUUUGGAUGAAUGGCAGAAAUGCAACGAAGGAGGAAUGCGGCUGGACCGCAAGCACAAGGCCCUGGAGUUCAACAAAAGGAUUGAGGAGGUUUUGGGGAAUGAACCUGAGGUAAAAGACAAGCUGUUUGCCGUGUUGAAGCAGUUUGCUGCGGAGAGAAAUGUGGACUGGCUGGCUUCUGUUCUUCCUGACAUCUUGACCACUGAGGAGCAGCAUCAGCUCAUUUCUAGUAUCAGGAUCUUCAUCCCUAAGAAGCACCGGCAGCGCUUCGAUGAAACCGUCUCCCAGAGUCUCCUCAACCGAGUGUGUCGCAGUAAGAGUGUGAGCGAGCCCGGUCAGAGCAGACGACUGCGUCGCAGCCGCAGCCAGGAGCACCACGAACGACCACACAUCUCCAAAAGGGCCAGCUCCGUCCCCAGGGAACCUGCAGAGGACCAUGAGAAAACACACAAGAGGAGUACGGCUGGCAUCCCUAGCGUUCCUCCCACCGGACCAAACCAAAGAACAAUCCGUGUAUUCAGAGGGAAGAAGACCUUUGGAUUCACUCUGAGAGGUCAUGCGCCCGUCUGGAUCGACUCUGUCAUCCCAGACAGCCCUGCAGAGGAGUGUGGUCUUAAACCAGGAGAUCGUGUUCUCUUUCUAAAUGGACUGGAUAUGAGGAGCUGCUCCCACGACAAGGUGGUUUCCAUGCUGCAGGGCAGUGGCGCCAACCCCACUCUGGUGGUGGAGGAGGGUCCAGUGCUGUAUUCUUCUUCAGACUCAGAACCUGAGGAGACUCCAUCCGUCCCCUGCUCUCGCUCACCUGCCCUCAGUUCUCUGCAGUGGGUAGCAGAGAUCUUGCCUCCCAGCAUCCGGGUGCAUGGACGCACCUUCAGCCAGCAGCUCGAGCAUUUACUCACAGUGCAGGAGAGAUACACCAUCUGUAAAGCUCUGGAGACCUUCUUCCAGCACAGGAAUGUGGAUACGCUCAUUGUGGAUGUGUUUCCUGUGCUGGACACUCCUGCCAAGCAGCUGAUCUGGCAGUUCAUCUAUCAGCUUCUGACCUGUGAGGAACAGGAGCGGUGUAAAAGCAAGAUCUCACGCUUCCUGGGCUUUAAAGGAACAGCAGAGGCUGAGUUGGGUACAGAAAAUCACAGACGGAGCAGCUCUGUGAGGGUGACAAGAACAUCCCACCGUAACAGCAUGAGAGAAAGAAGCUCAGACGACUGUAUCAUUGGCACUCAUCUAGGCAUGGGGACUUUCACUGAGCCCACAACCCCAGGAGAAAGACAAUGUGGGGAUGGGACCUCCUUUCCUGAGUCCCCUGAUAUAAACCAUAUGACAGGAGUGUACACAGAGCUGGAGAAUGCUUAUACGCCGAAGAACAACAUCAAGCCUCUGCAGAGUCACUGCUCACCUGGGAAUGAGGGCAUGGGCAAUCCCGAGAGCCAUGCCCUCACUCUCUCCUACACACAUGCCAAAAAAGGAAACCGUAAGUCUGGCCUGUCCCUGUCAUGGAAGGAGCCCUGCACUAGUCCUCAGUAUGACCACUAUCAACAGGCUGUCCCUUCUCCAGGAAGCAUGGACUCAAACCCCUAUGUCAGUCUGGACAGCCCACCUGCCUCCCCUGAGCACUCAGAGGAGGUACCCAGCCCCCGUCGCAGGAAACUUUUCACCUUCUCCAGACCCCCUCGCAGCCAGGACACAGACAAGUUCCUGGAUGCUCUGAGCGAACAACUUGGCCAUCGUGUCACCAUUGUGGACAAUUUUCUGGGAGGAGAGAAUGACUAUGAGGAGAUGAGUUACCAGGAUGAACGGGAGAACAUGUUGUCCCGUCAGCCGAGCAGUGCCAGCAGUGAGGAUCACAGCGAAGACACAAGCUCGUUGUCUUACUCCUCCGAAUCUGAACAUAUUCCGCCCCCUCCACAAAGCCCACCACCCCCUCCUCCUCCAAUUCAGUUCACUGAUGGGCCCUCACCUGUUUGCCUCACACCACAGCACCUACCCCAACCCCCUCCGGCUUUCCAGAACCACCCCAUCAUACCCCCUCCACCACCCCCUCCUCGGUUCAUUCUUGCCAGCCGGCCCUCCUUGCACCGGGUGCUGCCUACACACCAUGACGCAAGGUUCCGUCACCCUCAGCACCCAAAUCUCUCUGCUCAGUCCAGUCUCCCGACCAGCACACAGCUCAGCACACAGCCUUACCAAUCCAAAGUCCAUCCAAUCCUGCAUUCAUCCUCUCACAUCUCUCCACAGCCUGUACACGCAUCCCAACAGCCUCAUACAUCACCUCAUCCACCCCUGAGGCACCGUGCCCAGACCAUCUACCAGAGCCAGCAAAACUCGGCCAUGCUGCCCAAUGCUCAGAAAUCCUCACCUACCCAUAAAACCUAUGAGCCUACACAUAAGGCCUAUGAGUCUACCCAUAAGUCCUAUGAGUCUACCCAUAAGUCCUAUGAGUCUACCCAUAAGUCCUUUGAGUCUGCCCAUAAGACAUAUGAGGGUACUCUUUCAAAGGCACCACCCCCACCACCACCUCCACUACCCCCACCCUGUGAACCCCCACCUUUGCCAAAACCCAGCCCUCAAGCUUCAGAUACCAACCACAUGAGUGUCAAAAGGCUCCGCUGGGAACAGGUGGAGAAUUCAGAGGGCACCAUCUGGGGUCAGCUUGGCGAGGACCCUGAUUAUGGCAAAUUGACUGACAUGGUGAAAUACCUCAAUCUGGAGCAGCACUUUGGCACACAUACUGGUUCCAUUUCCCUUCCAGAACCCACCAUUCUACCUGAGAGCUUUAAAAAGAAAGAUGUGGUCGAGAUUCUGUCUCAUAAAAAGGCCUACAAUGCUUCGAUUCUCAUCGCCCACCUGAAGCUGUCCCCAAAAGAAUUACGACAGGUUCUCAUGACCAUGAGCACUGAACGUCUCGAGCCCUCACAUAUCAAGCAGCUGCUGCUGUAUGCACCAGACGAUGAAGAAGUCAAACAGUUUCAGGAGUUCAACCAGGACCCUGCCAAGCUCAGUGAACCUGACAAGUUUGUCCUCCAGAUGUUGCUAGUGCCUGAGUAUAAAACCAGAUUGCGGAGCCUUCUGUUUAAGACCACUCUGCAGGAAAAAACAGAGGAAAUGCGCAUUGGUUAUGAAUGUAUCUGCAAAGCUUCUCUAGAACUAAAAAGCAGCAAGAAACUGGCAAAGAUCUUGGAGUUUGUUUUAGCAAUGGGGAAUUAUCUUAAUAACGGCCAGCCUGGGACAAAUAAACCUAUAGGCUUUAAAAUCAACUUCCUUACUGAGCUCAGUACAACAAAGACAGUUGAUGGGAAGUCAACCUUCCUCCAUAUUUUGGCUAAAUCACUAUGCCAACACUUUCCAGAACUUCUCAACUUUGCAGGAGAGCUUAUAACUGUUCCACUCGCUGCAAAAGUGAAUCAGAGAACCAUUACAUCAGACCUUAGUGAUCUUCACUCAACCAUCCAGGAGAUCAGAACUGCUUGUUUGAAGAUCCCAGCCACAACAGAAGAUCGCUUUGCAACAGUCAUGAGUAGCUUCUUGGAGAAUUCACAUCCAGCUGUGCAGUCUCUGGACUCUCUGCAGCAGAAAGCAAUGGUUGAGUUUGCCAAGGUUGUCAUGUACUUUGGAGAAGACAGCAAGGCCACGAGCACUGAAGCCUUCUUUGGCAUAUUUGCAGAGUUUAUCUCCAAGUUUGGGAGAGCACUAAAUGAGACACGGGCCUCUGAAAACCCCAGGAGCCCACGCAUUGCUUCACCCCUAGUCUGGUGAGAACAUGCCUUGGAAAUGCUGCUUCUACAAACUACGGGCAUUCAUGUGCCAAGAGCUUAACAGAACUAACGGCUGCCCAGGGAAGCAUAUAUUAUGACCUAUAUAUUUAAUAUAGUUAUCAUCAACAUGAAUUAUUUAUAUUUUAUACAAAUCUAAUAUGAAAAAGCAUAUGAAUAUUAUUAAAUGAUGUUUCCUUUGACAAAAUAAAGUAGGUAAAAUGUAAGCACUUUACGAUUCAACCUCAGCUGACGAUAUUAUGGACAGCUGGUCUUAUUUAUUUCCAUUUACAGCAUAAUAGUGACCAAACCACCCACCAGUCUCAUGCAGCAAUGUGUAAUGACGGCUGUAAUAAUGAUAAUCAGCAGUGUGUCAGAUGCACUGUAAUAUAUAAACAUUUGAAAGAUGUGAUUAAUUUUGCUCAGCACAAACGUUGUCACUGUCAAAUUUCAGAGAUCAGACACUGCCACACUGAUGGGUGUAUGUGUGGUUCAGCUGAGCAGUAAGGAUGUGCAUGAGAAACUGUACAGUAUUACAGUAAUUGUUGUAAAACUGGAUGUUAUCCAUCAAUGUCAUCUUGGAAUAGACUGUAACUGGAAUAGAAAAGCAAUGCAGGCUCUAUGAAGUGGCCCAGUGUUUACAUCCUGUUUGUUUUUUAUGUUUUACAGGGUAAAUUAUUAUGCAGCUUGGCUGACUAAAUGUCAACCCUUUAUUGAUUGUUUGAUAUUUUUCUUUCUGCCUGAUGCCUCAUGUUUCUUAGUUUCCUAGUAGCUUACUUUUUAAAUCCAAAUGCAUGGAUUGUACUUACUGCCUAGCCCUGUGUCAAAAACCAUUCAUGAUAAAUGUUGGUCACUUUUGUGAGCCAGUGACCCUUUUGUGAGAUGAAUAUCUACAAUUUGCAUGUAGCAUUGUGUUUAUAAUAAUAUUUUUUUUAUGUAGGCCUGUUUUGUCUUUAUUUUACUUGAUGAUCGCGCUGCAUAAUUAAAAAUUAUUUGUGAGUAGGGUAGUAAUUACCUGUGCCGUUCUGUUUUAGCUUUAAUUAAUGUGGGCCUCAUAUUGCUGCAUUUUUCUCUAAUUUAUAUUGUGUGAAUAAAUGGAGCUUCUGACAA